UGCUGAUUGAAGGCGCCGCCUGCCGCUUUCUCCUCGCCUCCCCCCUCCUCGGCUCCCCGCCCCCUUCCCGAGUAGCGGGACCGGCCUUGAUGUAGGAACACCACCCCCCCGCCUCUUUCCGCCCCAGUCGGGUAGCCCAGCUCGCCGCAGCCCCUGGCCCGCCCGCGUCCCCACCCUGCUGGCCCAGCUCUGCUCCGAACCCAUUGUACACGGCCGGCUGCUGACUCCCAGGCCGGGCCGUGGCGGGGGCUCCUGGACCCCUGAGUGCCUCUCUGGCGGGCCCCGCAGGCCGCGGCCUCUCCCCCGCCCGCUUUCCUCGCGGCGACGGCGGGGGCGCCCUUUCCUCCCGGCGCGGGCGGCGGGGACGCACCCCCACCUCGCGGCGCCCCUUCCCAAGGGGUGAGCUGGGCCCGAGCAAGUCGAGGCAGGAAAAGGCCGCCGCGGACUGCCCGGCUAGCCGAUCAUUUUUAUUAUCGAGAUUAUUAUUAAAAGGGGGCGGGGACCCCAGGACGCUGGGGAGGGGCUGGAGACGCAGGUAUUUUUAUUAAACGGAUUAUUCCUGAAAUAAUAAUAAUACGCGCAAGAUGGCUGAAGGUGGCUGUGAUGAGAGUGUUGGGGUUGGGAUUUUUUUCUUCCUUUUUUUUUUUUUUUUGAUCUGAGGAUAAAGCUCUGAGGCGACAGCGGCUGCGGAGACCCUGCCCGGAGCGCCUCCCCUCCCUUGAGAAGCCGCGGGCGGACAGACGGACCACAGAUCGAGCGACGGGCGCGGGCCCGCCCCGGACGCGUCGCCUGGGCAGCAGCCGGGGACCGCGGGCGCUCGCCUUUCUGCCGACUUCUUCCAAUUCUCAUCUUUUUUUAUUUUUUGGACAGGACCGGGGUGGGUGGAGCAGAGGUGGAGAGAAAUCGGGACUUGGCAUUUUCUCCCCUCUCUCUCUCCUAAUUUGUUGGAGGCCGCCAGCCCUCCCCUUGGAAAAAAAAAAAAAAAAUCCCACUUAGAAAAAAAAAAGCAGGAGCGAGAGGACGCCGCGGGCCCCUCAGCGAGCGCGCCCAGACCCCGGCCGCCGCCGCGGAGCCCAAGAUGGCUGGGCGCUGAGGGAGGCGGCUCGGCCUGGCCCCGCCGCCGCAGGCUGGCUCCGACCGCAGCCCCGAGCCUUCCAGGCCCGAGCAGAGGCCGAGAAGAAAAGAAAGUGGGGGGAAGGGGGCCGGGGGGGGCGAAGGGGGAGGGCCGGGGAAGGGGAGGGGAGGGCCGGGAGCCGAGCCUCCUGUUCAUUAGCAGUUGAGAAAAAUUCCUUUCUAGUUUGAUCAAUCCUUGUUUUCCUCGGCAGAGCCCGGGCGCCCGCCCAGUACGGAGACGGCGCGCGGGGUCUCUCCGCUGCGGGGGCGCCGGGCCUCAGGGGAGCGCAGAAGUAGCCGCCCGGGGGUCAGGCCGGAGCGCCGCCGGGGCUUCUUCCUCCCUCCCUCGCCGGUUGCCUUUUUUUCCACUUCUCUCCCUCCCCCUUCCGUUUCUAUUUGUGAAGGGAGGAGGAAGGCAGAGGCGGGCUGGUGUCUCUGGCCGGGGACUGGAAUUUCAUCUGAAUGACUGCCCCUGAGCGCACGCAGCGCCCCGGAGUCGGCCCGCCCGCGCCCCGCAGCCCGCGCCCGGCCGGCCAGCCGGGGGACGCCCGCACCUUGGCCCGGGGACCACCGGUCCUCCCCUCCCGCUCCGUCCGGAUCUAGCAGCCUCGGCGCGGCCGCGCUCGCCUACCGGCCCCACGGACCCCGGCCCCUGCGAGGGAGGCGCGGCGCCGACGAGCCGGGCGGGAGCCGCCGCCGCAGCCGCCGGAGGAAGUGUGCUGCUCCCAGGCUCCGUCUGCCGCGGGGCGCGCCCCAAUGUCAGCCGCGGGGCCGAGCGCAGGCCGCGGGCCGCCGCUGCCCUAGCUGCGCCGACGGGGAGGCGGCCUCUUAUAUGGAAUUUGGACCCCGGCGCUCCCUUCCAAGGCUGGAGCCCCGGCCGCGGCCCUGGCGCAGUCCGCCACCUCCCGCUAGGCGCUCGGGAGGAGGAGGAGACGCAGCGGGCUGCGCGCGCGGCUUGAGGACCGAGGCUCCCUCCUCCGGGGGGCGGGCACGCGGAAGGCGCUGCUGACUGAGCGACCGUCGGGGCCGGCUGGGGCCGAAGCUCGGGGCUGGGUGGGCCUACAGCGGCUCCGGACGGACCCCUGGGGCUGGGGAGUCGGGGAGGCCUGCCCCGGCCCCCUGUCCGCGGCCGCCAUGGCGGAGAAUUGGAAAAACUGCUUCGAGGAGGAGCUCAUCUGCCCCAUCUGCCUGCACGUCUUCGUGGAGCCGGUGCAGCUGCCGUGCAAACACAACUUCUGCCGGGGCUGCAUCGGCGAGGCGUGGGCCAAGGACAGCGGCCUUGUGCGCUGCCCAGAGUGCAACCAGGCCUACAACCAGAAGCCGGGCCUGGAGAAGAACCUGAAGCUCACCAACAUCGUGGAGAAGUUCAACGCCCUGCACGUGGAGAAGCCGCCGGCGGCGCUGCACUGCGUGUUCUGCCGCCGCGGCCCCCCGCUGCCCGCGCAGAAGGUCUGCCUGCGCUGCGAGGCUCCCUGCUGCCAGUCCCACGUGCAGACGCACCUGCAGCAGCCCUCCACCGCCCGCGGGCACCUCCUGGUGGAGGCGGACGACGUGCGGGCCUGGAGCUGCCCGCAGCACAACGCCUACCGCCUCUACCACUGCGAGGCCGAGCAGGUGGCAGUUUGCCAGUACUGCUGCUACUACAGCGGCGCGCAUCAGGGACACUCGGUGUGCGACGUGGAGAUCCGAAGGAAUGAAAUCCGGAAGAUGCUCAUGAAGCAGCAGGACCGGCUGGAGGAGCGAGAGCAGGACAUUGAGGACCAGCUGUACAAACUCGAGUCAGACAAGCGCCUGGUGGAGGAGAAAGUGAACCAACUGAAGGAAGAAGUUCGGCUGCAGUACGAGAAGCUGCACCAGCUGCUAGAUGAGGACCUGCGGCAGACAGUGGAGGUCCUGGACAAGGCCCAGGCCAAGUUCUGCAGCGAGAACGCAGCGCAGGCGCUGCACCUCGGGGAGCGCAUGCAGGAGGCCAAGAAGCUGCUGGGCUCCCUGCAGCUGCUGUUUGAUAAGACAGAGGAUGUCAGCUUCAUGAAGAACACCAAGUCUGUGAAAAUCCUGAUGGACAGGACCCAGACCUGCACAGGCAGCAGCCUUUCCCCCCCUAAGAUCGGCCACCUGAACUCCAAGCUCUUCCUGAACGAGGUGGCCAAGAAGGAGAAGCAGCUGCGGAAGAUGCUAGAAGGCCCCUUCAGCACGCCAGUGCCCUUCCUGCAGAGCGUCCCCCUGUACCCUUGCGGCGUCAGCAGCUCUGGGGCGGAAAAGCGCAAGCACUCAACGGCCUUCCCGGAGGCCAGUUUCCUAGAGACGUCGUCGGGCCCUGUGGGCGGCCAGUACGGGGCGGCGGGCACAGCCAGCGGUGAGGGCCAGUCUGGGCAGCCCCUGGGGCCCUGCAGCUCCACGCAGCACUUGGUGGCCCUGCCGGGCGGCGCCCAACCAGUGCACUCAAGCCCCGUGUUCCCCCCAUCGCAGUAUCCCAAUGGCUCCGCCACCCAGCAGCCCAUGCUCCCCCAGUAUGGCGGCCGCAAGAUUCUCGUCUGUUCUGUGGACAACUGUUACUGUUCUUCCGUGGCUAAUCAUGGCGGCCACCAGCCCUACCCCCGCUCCGGCCACUUUCCCUGGACAGUGCCCUCACAGGAGUACUCACACCCGCUCCCGCCCACACCCUCCGUCCCCCAGUCCCUUCCCAGCCUGGCGGUCAGAGACUGGCUCGACGCCUCCCAGCAGCCCGGCCACCAGGAUUUCUACAGGGUGUAUGGGCAGCCGUCCACCAAACACUACGUGACGAGCUAACGCCACGCAGGCGGCGGGGCGCUUGGGAACCUUCCCCCCUCCCACCCUGGCCCCCGGGCUCGGGAGUUAUGCAUCCAGAGACCUGCCCUUCUACCUUCCUCUCCUCCCCUCUUCCUCAUUCCAUGCCCUAGGUCUUUUCCUUUUGGAUUUUGUUUUUUUGGCUUUGUUUUUGAUUUUUUUUUUAUUACGAAUCUCCUGGACGCAGAGGUGACAGAGGUAGCUGGCUUGGGCCGGGACCGCAGGUGGCCCUGGAGAUGGGAAAGUGUCUGUGUGGAGGCGCUGAGCUCUCUCUCGGUCUCUCCUUUUUUCCUCUACUCCUUCCUCUUCACACCCCCGUGGCUGGAAGGAGCCUCAGUUCCCUGAAAGCUCAGGGGUCCCACCCUUCUUACCCGCCCAGCAGGAAUGCCCAGGGCCUCCGGCUUGUUUCUCAUGUUUUUCUUUUGGGCGAUUUGAUCACUGAUCGAGUAAGGAAUGACCUUUAGAUUGUGGGACUUUUGUUUUUGUUUUUUUUUUAAUUUUGUUAAACCAAGAAUGAUUUCUCCUGCUUCUUUCUCCUCACCAUCGUCCCAGACGGAGUUCAAAGGCCACUUCUCAAGCAGCUUUUGGCACCUUCAGCCUCAGAGUGGAAUCUUUUAAAGACAGGAACCCUAUGUCCAGGAAAGGGGAAAGGAACUUUGCCAAUGAUAGUGACCACAGCAAAAGCAAAUAAUAAUAAUAUUAAUAAUAAUAAAGAGAAAUAAAAAAUAAUAAAAUAAAAAACAAUAGCACAGCCCUUGUUGAGGUCAGCAGGGAGGAGGGGCUGCCCGGAGUUGGGUCCUUGCCUGGAUUUUGACACAGCAACUUCCUGUAGUGAGCACUUUGUAUGAAUCGUGGACUUCCUGUGCUCAAGGCACAGGUAUUUAUUCUGUAAUCUGUCUAGAGCACACACUGAAAUCCAACCUUCUAAUAAACAUGAUGGCGCAGUCCCAC